CCUGUGAAACGACUUCCUCCACCUGGUCCCUACCGUCCGCGUGAGCAAGCGAGGAAGGUAGUGUGCGGAGGAAGGAGGAUCCGCGCGACGUCUUCGUCCCGACGACACACGGCCACGAGUUCCCCCGGUCGCGGCGAACGACCAUCAUCGCGGCGAUGUCGACCAAGCGAAAAAACGCGGGCGGCAAGGCAAAGAGUCGCCCCAAGCAGCGCAAGGUGGAAUACGACGAGGAGGACAUUUCCAGCGAGCACGACUCGGAAGUCGACGACGCUGAAGCCGGCACCAACAUCGACGGCGAGGACGCCGCGGCCGAGGACGCGCUCGCGGACGUCUCGAGCAUGCCCGAGUUACCGGCACCAGAGGGUGGCUGGGGCAAACCUGGAACAUUGCUCAUGUGUGGCCUUACUAAUUGGGAAAUGGCUGGUCGCAAAGCACCGCCUAAAGGAGUAAAAGCAAACGUAGGACGUAGCUUGUGGACGCCGCACACUUUUAAAAACUUGAAUGGCGCAAGAGUACGACUAAUCGCAUCCGGUCCCGCUGCAUCUCACAGCAUUAUCGUUACUGAAGAUAAUAAAUGCAUGGCUUUUGGUAGAAAUGAUAAAGGUCAAUUGGGCGUCGGAGACACCAAGCGUCGCGACGAGCCCACCGAGGUCGAAGCCUUAAAGGGACACACGGUUAUAGGAGCAUUUUGUGGGCGCAACCAUACCUUAUUUUUAACGAGCCGCGGCAUAGUUUUCGCCGCCGGUGACAAUAAACUGGGCCAAUGCGGGGUUGGCAAGAACGACCCAUGUAUCAUGACUGCCACCAAAGUAAAGUAUUCCGGACCGCCGAUAGUGAAAGUGGGAUGCGGUGCGGAGUUUUCGAUGAUUUUGGAUCUCAAAGGUGGCCUGCACUCGUUCGGAUGUCCGGAGUAUGGCGCUUUAGGCCACAACACCGACGGCAAAUACUUCAUCACGAAUACGAAAAUGGCAUUUCAUUACGAGAAAGUGCCUAAGCGUAUCGUUUUAUAUGUGGAGAGGGGUAAGGACGGCCACGCGACGCCGUUGGAUCGCGUUGAGAUCACGGACUUCAGUUGCGGUCAUUACCACACGGUCGCAAUUGACAGCAAGAACCGUGCGUUCUCCUGGGGAUUCGGUGGAAUCGGCCGUCUGGGACAUAACGAGCAACGCGACGAGCUGGUACCGCGUCUUAUAAAAUUUCUGGAACCGCCCAGUCGUGGUGUCCGUGCGGUGCACUGUGGCAGCACGUACAGCAUCGCGAUCAACGUGCAUGGUUCGGCCCUGAUGUUCGGUCAGACUAAGCGCACCGGCGAGGCCAACAUGUAUCCCAAGCCAAUUCAAGAUCUCUCCGGUUGGGAAAUUCGAUGCGUCGGUUGUUCGCAGACGAGCGUAGUGGUCGCGGCCGAUGACUCCGUUAUCGCCUGGGGCCCCAGUCCUACGUUCGGAGAAUUGGGUUUCGGUGAAAUGCGAAAGUCGUCGACGACUCCAAUGGAGGUGAAAGCCUUGGAAGGUUUAUACAUUACUGCCGUUACAUGUGGUCUGUCUCAUACGCUUAUGAUCUGCCGAGACGAUACCGAGGAGGAAAGAGCCAAGAUUAAUAAGCUCCAGGUGUACUCCGUUUAAAGUGUAUUCUUCGACCCGCGUAAAUGGGUCUCUAUUGCGUCACUAUUGCAGAUGAUCGAAUCGGAAGGAGAAUUCUUAUUCCCCUUCAUUGAUCCACAGCUACAUUUCGAGAAAUUUUAACAAAGUAUCAGAGAACGAUAACAAUAGAUCGCCACAAAACGUCCAGAAGAGAUAGGAUUAGAUAUUGCUCUACUUUGUACUUCCAGUUUUUACUUAACGCGCGAAUGAAAGUCGAUAUGUGUAACAUUUGAAAUCCAUUCUGUUAGCAGCUCAGGAUAAUAGACCAAACAAGAUGGAUGCAAAAAUAUAUUUUGAUACGUUGCUAUUUUAUUGAAGUUUGCCGUAAUUUUCAUCGAAAUGGAGAUAGUUUAUUCGUAUAGAGAAGCUGAAGAACUGAAAAGAGAACUAGUAAAGAUCAGCAGUAACUGCCUUCAUUUUUAUCGCUUUCUUAAUGAAUUUACCUGUUCAAAUAGUUUAUAUCAUUGAUUCAUCACAGUAGUACCUGAAUCAUUACAUCUGCAGAAAUCGUUUUUUACAAUACAUAUACAGGGAUAAUCCCUAAAUAGGAUUAAUGCGAGUGAGUCAUCAUUCAACUAGGUAAUAGUUUAACGUUGUACAUGAAUUAAAUUUCGAUGUGUUUUAUUAACUUUAUAGGAAAAUAAUUUAACUUUUUUUUUAUAUAAAACAUGUCAUGGAAGAUAUGCAUGUGUAAUUUUACUUUUAAUUUUAUUUAAGUUUUUAUACGUAAAAUUUCAAUUAAUAUCACUUAUUGCAAAGUGAUAAGGAAAGAGCUGUGGAAUUCUUUUUAGCUGUAUUAGAGAGAAAAUUCAUUAAAUUCGGGCGACUAACAUGUUUCACAUUUAAUAAGGUUUUUUUUUUUUAAAGAUAAAUUAUGUAAUAUACAGUUCUCGUAUAUUAUUAUCGUAGAUGCGUUACUAAAAAUGUUUGGUCGAGUACAAUAGUAUACAAAAUAGAACGAAACAGAAAGUAUUUAGUACCUUGUGUACUAACAAUUCCGAUCACUGCCAGAAUGUAUUACAAGCAUCUCUAAUUGUGAUGUCACAUUCAUUCCAUUCCGUUCCAUGUAAUACUCUCGUGCGAUUUCUGCACCGAAAUAUUCUUCUGAUAAACUUGCGAUGAAUGUACAAGUCCAAUUACAAAAUAAACGAAUUUUUUAAGAAA